UUCAUAUCCUUCUGUGAUUGUGGCUGGUCGCUACUCGAGGUUGCGUACUCGCAGCAACUUCAAUGAUGUGAUCUUCCUUUAUUUUGGAACUCUUUAUUGUUAUUUCUUUCAAUUAAAGACAAAAUUUAUUCCCUCAUUUGAGGAAAGUAAUGCCAACUCGUUGAGAAAUGCUGCAGAAAUCAAUAAAAAUCGUGAUAACGAAGAACAGUGUUUGACUCGUCUCAAGAGAAAAUUAGGGGAACUAGGUAUGGAGGUGGCAAAGAUUGGAGUGAGCGCUUGGGUUAACAAGAAGAUUGUUGAUCCUCUUCUACAAAUCCUUCGUAGGGGUGCAGAGCCAAAGCAGUUAGCAUUCUCUGCUGCAUUGGGGAUAACACUUGGAGUGUUUCCCAUAUGUGGGGUCACAGUGUUCCUAUGUGGGAUGGCUAUUGCAUUGCUUGGAUCCUUUUGCCAUGCUCCAAGUGUGAUGCUCGCUAAUUUCAUUGCUACUCCAAUAGAAUUAAGAAUUGUUGCAACUCUUCCUGAAGUUCNNNGUGGAGCUCAUUUCCCUUUAACAUCUGAUGCAUUGAAGAAAGUUUUAACUGGCAAAGCUUCCCAUGAAGUCUUACUAAGCAUUGCCCAUGCGUUACUGGGAUGGGCUGUUGCAGCUCCGGCUAUUUUGGCUGCACUAUACUUAUUGUUUUUGCCGUGCUUCAAGCUCUUGCUCCACAAGUUUGGCACUGUCGCUUCAAGCCCAAAGAAAGAGCACCAUUUGCACUCAGAAGUAAGGCUGAAGGUGAGGAAUGUUUAAACAACAAGAUAUAAUCUCCCCAUCCCAUGGACACUCUACGGAGGUAUUUGGUUCUAACAUAAUAAUACUCUUCCUGUACAUAAAACUUAGCUGGGUAUAACUUUGUUGUAUAAGUGUCAUCCUUUAUGACCUUGUUGUAUCAUUCAAGUUGUAUCUUGGUAGCGGUUCGUGGAAAUGGAAAGAUUGCUACCUGAUGAUUAUGAAUAUGAUGGAAAUCUCGCUAUUUAUCAGUGUCCUUAUAAGUAUUCUUAUCGAUAAAGAUGCAUUUAUCA